CGCUAUCAACAUGUAUUUUAUUAUACUUAAACUCAAAUUAAUUGUAAUUAUGUUUUACGUUUCUUCUGCUAGUGGUUUCUUUAACAAAUACUGUGAAAUAUGUACUAACCACACUCUUUGCUUAUUUACAGACCAAGUCUCUCUUGUAUCAAGUAUGAUGGAAACAGUAAACUAACAAACGUAGAUACUAAAUCAAUUGUGAAUAGAAUCAAUUCGAGAAGAAAUUAUAUUGCAUUAGGUCGAUCAAAGAAUCUACCAGGAGCAGGGAACAUGAGGAAAAUUGUUUGGUCGGAUGAAUUAGCGGUUUUCGCACAGCGGUGGGCCGACCAGUGCGAUCCAUCAACACGACCACACAAAGAAGACUAUUGUCGCAAUCUUGAAGCUACUGAAGUCGGCCAGAACAUAGCAACGAUGUCAGACUUGUCUUCAAACUUUAACAUAGCAAAUUUUAUAGAAAUAUGGUUUAUGCAAUCACUGGAUUACAGAGGAAGUGUUACAUAUUACAAUGAGUCUGACAACAGAACCAAAUAUUUCACUCAAUUAAUUUGGGCAAACACCGAUAGGGUAGGAUGCGGGCAGGCAAGCUUCUAUAUAGAGAAUGUACGAGUACUAAGGCUUGUAUGUAACUUUGCUCCAAAAGGUAAUGUUUAUGGUAAACCUGUCUAUUUAAUUGGAUAUCCAGCUACUCAAUGCCCCGAAGAUAUGGUACCCGAUGAAAACUAUAAAGGAUUAUGUAAUAAAGUACAACGUAAUGAUGAAAUAUUUACAUCACAAAAUCCACCAGUCAGUAGUUUACUACGCAUUAUCAAUUUGUCAAACAACACUGAUUGGAUUCUUCAUAAUAAAACCGCAAAUAAAGUAAAAAGUCGGAAGCUAACUACUAUAUUUACUAAUAACACUCACGCUGCUGUUAAACGAUAUCCUCAACACAACUUUUGGGAAAAACCUUUUAAUCAAUCUAGAAUGCGAGAUCAUAACAUUCAUCAAAUAGAAAAUCCCUGGAGAGUCUUCCACGGAAUUGACUCACCCAAUAACCUAAAUUUGAUGAAUAAGAAAAUUGAAUCUGAAUCACAAAAGUUAGACUCAAUAUAUUCAUUACCUCCAUUCAAUAAACAGGAGUCUCUAAAAUUUAAACAAGAAUCAUCUUGCACUAGAAAGUCUAAUUCACCAUUUACAAAAGAUGCUUUGCGGAGCAAUUGUGAUAACAAAAAAACAGCAGAAUGCACAAGGGGACAAAAAAAUAAUUGUUGGACUCAAAGAAACCAAUAUGUGCAAGCAACUUCUCCAUUCCUUUAUUCAAUUUGUUCUUGCGACUCUUACACUUCAACCACUCAAAGAAGCACAGCUUGGAGCAGUUACUGUCAAUGUUUAAAAAAUAACCCUCAAAUAAUUUGUUCUAAUUUUCUAAGAACACAAGAUGAAUUCACAAACGAUGUUAUUAAAAAUACUGGUACGUUCUACCACUACGAUUUAUUACCUAACUUACAUUUACGCGAACGCAUUGGAAGAGAAAACGUGCAAAAUAAACUUUCAACACACGUACCAGCGAAAAAAAGCUUUGAUUUAUUAGACAUAUAUAAAAGAAAACGAAAUAAUCCAUUUAACAGGCAGAGACAUAAAAGAAGCGAUACUCGGUUUACAACUUUAAUGCCAUUUUGGCAAAUGGAUGAUACUCUGCAGAAAAAAACAGCUGUUCGAUAUACGACAUUAUCAAAUAAGAAAUUGAAACACACAAAAACGAAAACUGGAACAACAAGUAUUGAACUUAUAACUCUAAUGUCGGUAACAACUAAUAUGAACAGAGAACUGCCUUCCGUAACAGAAAAGUAUUUAUCAUUUGAUGAGCUGAUGCAACUUCGAAAUAAAGGAGGGGAUGCUAGACGAGUGGGUGUCAUAACUAAAGAAUCUACUAUCGUCCCUACUAAAAAAGAAAUUACAGCAAAUACGCCCUUUUUACGUAUGAAACAUUGUACUCGCAAACUCACUUGUACUUGGACUAUUCCACAAAUAACCGAUUGUAACGGUAGUGUUGUAUUUGAUAAUGACGGUAGUGACCGUGGCUCAAAAACUCCACCGGGGUACGUGGACGGUUGCACACGUACAUCCACAUGUACUCGCGAUCAUAUGGAUAGAAACAAACUAGUACCAAGUACGGAAGAAUCAGACGACGUUGUUACGAGUACAGAAAUAGACGACGACUAUUGUGAACGACGAUCUCUCGAUAUUCGGCGAAGAAAUUCUAGAGGGCAAGCAAAUUCUAAAAACCAAAAUAUAAAUAAAUUAGAAUCUUUACAAUCUUUUGAAAAGAAAUCAAUAACAAGUAUAAUAUUAGAUAAAAAUGAAAGAAAAGACAAAGAAACUAAUGAUUGUAUCUGCUAUAAUUUGCCAGCCAGAGCGAAAAGAGAUGACACUAGAAACAAUAAUUACCCAAUGAUCUACAAAAGAAUUAUGAAAAAGAGUGGAACACGUCAUAGCGAAAAUUUGUAUUAUGGUGAACUAUAUUAUAAGGUUUUAAGUAAAAUAACAGAAACUUGGAAUAAAAAUCAAAAUCAAAAUCUACUUGGAAAAUGUUUCUGUAGUGGCGGCGCGAUAGACGAUAAUUACGCGUUUUUACUUUUACUAAUGAUAUCUUGUAUUAACAAGAAUAAAAGUAAGAAAACCUUUAAACGUUUUUAUUAA